AUGGAGGACCAAGUUGAUUUCGACAUCAAUGAAUCUCUAAAACUUUACCUCAGCGAUGUGAUGACUAUCGCCACGCCUGAAGCGAGCCCAGAAUUGAUCGACUGCGAAAAUGAUCCCGACAGCCUUUCACCGGGGUCGGUGGACAGUGCAUUGGACUCAGUAAUAGACUUGAUCACGGAGAACCCGGAAGCACUGCUCAGAAGCUCGACAUUCGAUACCUUACAAUUUUUGUUAAAGCAUUCAUCCGUCCUGUCUACCCAAUCUCUGGGUAAGGUCCUCACUUUGAUCGUUUCUGGACUAUCGACCACCGCAGACAUUGCAAAUCAGGACAUCGAAAAUGACGAACAAGAGACUCUGCCACAACAUAAACGCUUGCUGGAAAUGUACGCAUUCCUUCUUCAAUGGGCCGUAUCCGCCGUCGAAGCCAAAGCACAGGAAAAGUCGAGCGCGGCGCCAGCAAGAAGAGGUGGGAAAGGGGCAAAAUCAAAAUCAGCUGCCAAAGACAAUUCCUGGGAUUCUUCCGAUCAGAUCCAGAGUGCAAUGGAUGUCAUGUGUCGGGUGAUGAAGCUCAAGCUGAAUCGCAUCUUCCAGACAACCUCUGAUCGCGACACAUUCAUCAAUCUAUUUACGAGAUCUAUCUACUUGAUCAUGGAGAGCGAGACCAGGGUCAAGAUUACAGCUGUCCGCAUGUUUUGCUUCAAAGUGCUCUGUGUCGCGGUGAAGCAUCAUGGUCAUGCUCUUGGGGCACAGACCUCGAUUGUCCAAAACCUCACAUACUUUGAGCAUUUGUCAGAACCGAUGGCCGAGUUUCUCCACAUCCUGUCCGAACAGUACGACUACCCUCAGCUGUCUGCCGAGAUUCUCAGGGAGUUGGCCGCAAAGGAAUUCAGUCAAAACGACAACAAAGGGCCAAAGUCGGUUUCCGCCUUUAUCAUCAAACUCUCGGAGCUUGAACCAAGACUUGUAAUCAAAGAGAUGGGCCUGCUGGCCAAAUUCCUUGACAGCGAGGCACAUACCUUACGAUGUGCGGUGAUUGAAGUCUGCGGAAACCUGCUUGCAGAUCUAAGCAGACAAGAAGAGAAAACUGAAACCACCAAGAUACAGAUCAAUGCUUUCUUCGACACCCUCGAACAACGGUUUCUUGACACAGCACCUUUCUGCAGAGUACGGGCAAUGCAAGUCCUCACCAAGAUAUGUGAUUUAGAGCAGAAGUUUCCUAAGAGGAGACAGAAUGCUUCCGAACUUGCCAUGCAGAGUCUCCAGGACAAAAGCAGUAACGUUCGGCGGAACGCUAUCAAGCUGCUGAGGAAGCUGGUUUCUUCGCACCCAUUCAGCCUAAUGCACGGCGGCCAGCUUUCACACAAGGAGUGGACAGAAAGACUCGAGGCAGUGGAAUCGCAAUUAGACGCUCUGAAGCCCCCACCCGAGUCUCCUGGAAUGGCGCGCACAGCUGCAGGCGAAGAGCAGGUUGACCAAGAUCUUCUUGACGAUGCUACUCAGGCCGAAGAAGAACCCCAGGAGAUGACUGAGGAAGAGAAGAUUGCUGCAGUAAAGAAGGCGCAAGAAGAAGCCGCAACGUCUGAGGUAAUCGGCAAACUCCAACUGACUCGAAAAUAUUAUCUCGAGGCGCUCAAAUUUAUCGAGACCAUUCACGACGCCUCGGAGAUCGCAGUUCAGUUGUUGUCGUCACCUAACAAGUCGGAAGUUAUCGAUGUGAUGGACUUCUUCGUCACGAUUGACGCAUUCAAGGUUGAGACUGCGCGAAAGGGCAUUCGCCGAAUGAUGCGGUUGAUCUGGACUAAAGGAAACAGUGAUGAGGGCAAAGGAGUCCAGGCUCAUCUAAUCGACAACUACAAAAGUCUCUUCUUUGAUGCCCCCGAUAUGUUCAGCACGAAUGAUGCGGCCAAUUUCGUCGCUAGAAACAUGAUCAGCUUGACAUUCGGUGCCACACCUGCAGAAUUGACCUCGCUUGAACAGCUGCUGAGCACUAUGUUUAAGGCCGGUCACAUUUCCGAGUUAGUAAUUGCCAAGUUAUGGCAGGUGUACGGCGUCAACAAGGAAAUCUCCAGGGCACAGAGGAGGGGUGCCAUCAUCGUGCUCGGAAUGAUUGCUCUCGCAAGCCCAGAGGUCGUGGUGAAGGAAAUCGACACGAUGUUACGAGUCGGUCUCGGACAACUAGGCCGAACAGAUUUCGUGCUCGCCAAAUUCACCUGCGUUGCCCUCCGACGCAUGAUACCAACUACAAAGAAGGUGCAAGAAAAGACUGCUUCUGCCGGUCUUUCGAAGAUGUCCAACAACCAUGAGGUUCUGCGUAUGCUGGCAUCGAUCCUCCUGACCACUUCGGCAAGCAAAGACUGGUAUGGGAUGGCGGAACAAGCCAUCAGCGCCAUUUACGUACUCUCAGAUCAUCCAGAUGUUCUAUGCUCUGAAGUGCUUAGACAGAAGACUCGCCUUGUCUUUCAGCAGACGAAAGACCUGUCGUCGCUAUCCAGGACGCCCUCUCCGGAACCCGAUGCAAUGGACAUUGACGGGGAAGAGCAAGUUACAAACCCAGAGGCCGAACCGCAUGAGCCAGUACCUACCGAAACCAAGCAGGAGAAGCCCUCGAUUGCACUCUCACAGCUGUUGUUUGCUGUCGGCCACAUAGCCGUUAAGCAAAUCGUGCAUCUGGAGUUAUGUGAACUCGACUUCAAGCGACGGAAACAGGACCAAGAAAAGAACAAGCCAGUGGCCAAUUCUUCUCCCGACAAGUCAUCAGCUCCUACGCCAGCCCAGCGGAAGAGAACUGCCGCAGAAGAGGUCCUUGCAGAGAAACAGAAAGAGGAAGAAAAGGACGAGCUCGACUUGAUCGGCGGCACGACCGAAGAUGACUUCACCGAGGCGAUUGUGCAUAUUCGGGAACGGGAGUUGCUCUACGGGUCACAUUCAUUGCUCGCGAAUUUUGGUCCCCUGGUAACGGAAAUUUGCGCCAACAAUACAGCUUAUAAGGAUCGAAACCUCCAAGCUCAGGCGACGCUGUGCCUGGCCAAGCUCAUGUGCGUGAGUAGUGAGUACUGCGAGAAAAACUUGCCGCUCCUGAUCACCAUCCUGGAACGAUCCACCGACCCUAUUGUCCGCUCCAACGCUGUGAUUGCGUUGGGCGACAUGGCAGUCUGCUUCAACCAUCUCAUUGAUGAAAACACCGACUUCCUCUACCGGCGGCUGAACGACGCGGAUGAAAGUGUGAAACGAACCUGUCUGAUGACAUUGACAUUCCUCAUCUUGGCAGGACAGGUCAAGGUCAAGGGUCAGUUGGGAGAAAUGGCCAAAUGUCUUGAAGAUGCAGAUAAGAAGAUCGCAGAUCUAGCACGCAUGUUCUUUACCGAAUUGGCCACCAAGGACAAUGCUGUGUACAAUCAGUUCGUCGACAUGUUCAGUGUGCUCACUCAAGAAGGGCCUCUGGAGGGUGGCGUUAUGGAGGAGGAAGCAGUCAAGAGGAUUUUGAAGUUUUUGUGUGGCUUUAUUGAGAAGGACAAACACGCCAAAAAUCUGGCUGAAAAACUGGCAGCUCGUCUGAACCGGUGCGCGAAUAAGCGUCAAUGGGACGACACAGCAUACGCGCUGUCAUUGCUUCAGCACAAGAAUGAGGACAUUACGAGGAAGAUCCAAGAGGGAUAUAGGGUGGUGGAGACGGAGGCGUGA